AUCGGGGCUCUGCACUCCUCACCAGCACUCCUGGGACCUCCACACUGGACCUGGGAACCUGCAGGGAUCCUUUCUCCACCUCCAUCCCCACAGCCAUGAGCCCUACUCUGGUGCCCUUUACCAUCAACCCCACCAUCACCAACUUGCAGUUCAUGCCAGGUAUGGACCGUCCAGGAUCCCUCAGGCUCAACAUAAUCAAGGCCAUCUUGCAGCACCUGCUUGGGCCUCUGAUGAAGAACACCGGUAUCAGCCCACUAGUCUCUGGCUGCAGGCUGACCUCGCUCAGGUUACACCCAUCGCUUCCUCACCUCCACACACCACAGUGAGUAACUUGGUUCCGAGGAUCACUGUGCUUUUGGACCUGUCUGCUCUUUCCCCUCACCCCUACCUCACAUCCCCUGAGAAGGAGGAGUCCACUAAACCAUAAAGCUGUGUCCACUUGUGAAAAACAUUUGUGAUGAAUGUGAUCUGGAAGACAGGAAGGAGAAAGGAUGUCAUAGGCAUUAUUUCCCAAGGAGAAGGAUAUCCAAUAUCAGGAUGAGCAGUAAAAAAUUUUUCUAAAAUCCAUGCCUCAUUUUCUCAAUUAAUUAUGUCAAUAAUGUUAUAAAAGAAUGGCUUUACA